GUCCAUUGUAGUACUCCGUAAUAAACAAAUAAUAACAAUUGUACUAACGUACCAAUUCAAAUAAUAUUUGUUCAAAAACAAUACUCAGUUAUAAAUUAUAGUAUAUGAUCAAAAGGCUGAGACAUUUAAUCUGUGAAAGUGUACUAUGUUAUGCCACUACAUUAAUUCAAAACGAAAACUCCCACAGACGAACAAUGAGGAAAACAAGAUGAAAGCACUCCAAAUUUAGACGAAACACAAGUUGAUGAUGAUGAUGAUGAUGACCAGAUUACCCGAAGAAGCCCGGUCUCCUCUCUCUCCUACAAGGGUGGCUGGUGGUUGCCGCCGCCGCUGCCGCCCUGUCACCACCAGUACCUUCUUCCCUGAGACACCACGGCAAACUGUCACCUGCACCGGAAAAUCAUUGUGCGCCGGGAGACAUGGGGGACAUUACAGUAGACUUAGUAGAAGCAGCAACGGCUUCAACAGCCGAAGCAGAGUUCGGCUCUGCCCUAUCAGGUCCUGCGAACCCACUUCCCUGAGAUGGAGGAUGAGCUGCGGGUCCCGGACCGGGUACCGGACCAGGCCCCUCGGGUUCCAUUUGGUCAAACUUGCUGACCCGAGUCCUCUUGCCGCGAUACCUAUCGUGGCUCGGACUCCGGCUCCGGCUCCGGCUGUAACUGCGGCUGUAACUCCGGCUCCGGCUAUAGCUCCUGCUGCGACUCCGGCUUCUGCUGUCACGUCUACUGCCGCGUGCUCUACCACCCCUUUCUGGGCUUGGGCUGUAGCCUCCUCUGCUGCCUCUACUUGGCAAGUCCCUUCUAUCAGGAAAGCCGCGGCCUCUGCCGCCGCGGCCACCCCUUGAAUCAAAGCUGUUGAACCGGUC